GUUUGUUGAGUUGUUUACCCCGAAAUAAUUGCAACCGAUCCAGUGCAGGAGCCAUGUCCUACUCCUACAUCCUCCCUGAUGACUUCUUCUAUGACCUUCAGAAUUACACGUUCGAAACGAACGGGACCUACUACUUUGACCCUGAUAAAUCACCUUGCGAGCCAAAAGAGCUGGAUCCCGCAGUGGCUGUGGCGCUGUGUCUCAUCUUCAUAGUCAUCUUUCUCCUGGCAGUGCCAGGAAACCUGCUGGUGCUGUGGGUGAUAGGCACCAACAAACAGGCCCUGAUUCCGUCUGAUGUGUACUUGUUUCAUCUGACCGUGGCGGAUGGCCUCGUGGCUCUCACCCUGCCUUUCUGUGCAGUGGCGGCGGUGCAAGGGUGGAUCUUCGGCGACUUCAUGUGCAAACUCCUCAGCCUGAUCAUCGAUGCAAACUUCUACACCAGCAUCAUCUUCUUGGCCUGCAUCAGCAUCGACCGCUAUGUUGCGAUCGUGCACGCCAAUGAGACUCAGAGCAGCCACCAGAGCCAUGUCCUCUGUGCUGCAGUCUGGGCAGCUGGGUCUGCGCUAGGUCUGCCUGCACUUUUCAAAGACGCUACCAAGUUCAGCGAAGACUCAGACUUGAUGAUUUGCUAUGAAGUCUUUGACUCUGAGCGUGGCGGCUCAUGGAGACUUGCCACGAGAAUGUUAGGCCACAUUCUUGGCUUUUUGUUCCCACUUGGUGUCAUGUUAUUCUGCUACAGCAUCGCCAUCAUGAGGUUGCUGCGCGCUCAAAGUUUCCGGAAGCACCGGGCCAUGAAGGUGAUCAUCGCUGUGGUGAUUGCAUUUCUGCUCUGCUGGAUACCGUACCAUGUCACCCUGAUUAUAGACACAGUCCUGAGGGCUAAGUUGGUGCAGUUUGACUGUGCAAUGAGAAUGUCGGUAAACCUGGCUCUGACUGCAACCAACUUUGUUGCUCUGCUCCACAGCUGCAUCAACCCUGUCCUGUAUGCUUUUGUGGGAGAGAGGUUCAGGAAGAAAAUGAUGCUGCUCUGCCUAAAGAGAGUCAGACAAAAGAGAGCGCCAUCAAUUAGGGUCAGCAGGUCAACAUCUCAGACCUCAGAGGGGAACGGAGCUUUACUCUGAAUGUUCUGAUCUCUUUUACAGCAUGUCAAAAAUAUUUUCUCCCCAGAGAGAAAGAUGCAUCCUCAGCAUCUGAAACUUUAAUAAACAUACAAUUUGUUGUCAUGUUAUGAUGAAAAAUUCUGCUAAUUUGUAAAUCUACCCAGUCUUUGAGAAUCGUGGGGCUAUACAGGGAUUUUCAAGGCAGGGUUCCUCAAUCCUGGUCCUGGGUACUCACUGAUCUGCAGGUUUCAGAUGUUUCCUGAUUCAAAUUAAUGGGCGGUUGUCAGGUUUUUUGCAGAGCUUGCUGGUGAGCUGACCAUUUGAAUCAGAUAUGCUGGAGCAUUACAAUGUUGUCUCUGAUGUAUGUGGUACACUGCUGCCCCCUAUUGACCUCUCUGUCAUCCACAUCCUCUAAUAAAAACUCAGAUUUACAGCCGAUUUACAUUUUUUUGUUGUUGGGUCAAUUUUUACAGAAGUGAUGUUUGUAUAUUGUGGAUCCGUACACACUGUUAAAGUCCUCCCUAUAACUGUGUUAAAUAUGAUGUGUAUUGUAUAGUUCUUCCUUUGCAAACCCUUUGUUUCUUCCGAUUAAAAUC